AUAUUAUCGCACCAAGACACGCCCACCCACGUGGAAUGAUGGCCAAGAAAAUGAAAGGUUCUUCUUCUUCUUCUUCUUCAGCUUCAGUGGAAAUGUUAAAGAAAGAAGGUAGCAGCAGAGCCUCCAUGAUAAAGAACAAGAUACUUCGCCAGGCAAUGUACAGGCGAGAGAAGCUCAUUAAGUUGAAGGAAAAGAGAGAGAAAAGAAAGAAACUGGCAAAAGAAAGAGAACAGCUUGGAGAAAAUGCACCUCCAAAACCUAUUCCUAAGACACUGGAGAGUACGAGAGAGCCAGAGGAGACUACAGUCCUAGCAGAUGAUCCCGAAAUACUUCAAGAUGAAAAGACUGAUGAGUUUUCAGGAUACUUUGACAGGAAAACCAGCCCCAAAAUACUUAUUACAUCGUUCACACGAGCUCACUUGAGGAGCAAUCUAUUGAUGAGAGAACUGGCAGACUGUAUACCAAACUCUGACAUGAAGUGGAGGAGAGGGUCAGAAAUAAAGAGCAUCAUUCCCGAGGCUAUAGAGAGAGACUAUACUGACAUUAUAAUAAUUGAAGAGAACAGGAAAAUACCAAGUGGUCUGUGGUUGAUUCAUCUUCCUGAAGGACCCACUGCUUAUUUCAAACUGACCAAUUACAAGAGAGGACGUGAGAUAAAGGGUCACGGUACGCCCACGUCUCAUUACCCGGAGGUAAUACUGAAUCGGUUCUCAACGAAACUCGGUCACACUAUCGGUCGUAUGUUUGCGUCUCUCUUUCCCCAAGACCCAAACUUCAAGGGACGCCGUGCAGUUACUUUCCACAAUCAGAGAGACUUCAUCUUUUUCAGGCAUCACAGGUACAUUUUUCGUGAUUCUUUGAGGGUUGGGCUGCAGGAGCUUGGUCCAAGGUUCACUUUAAAGCUCAGAACUUUACAGAAAGGAACCUUCGAUACAAAGUUUGGACAGUACAUGUGGAUGCACAAUCGUAAGAAGAUGGACACCAGUAGAAGACGAUUCCACUUGUGAUUUUAUUCUUUAAAAAACUAAAUAAAUUAUUAAUUAUUCUUACAAAAAUAUUAUGAAAUACAAAAAAAUUUUGUUUAGUUUUCAUGAGGUUUAUUAUGUACGAGUCUAAAGUA